UCUCAGUAUCUUCGGUAUCCAUCUUACCCUUCAUGGUCUAAUCUUGCCGAUCUAUUGCCCGCCAUGGCAGGCGUCCUCCCACGUUACUCCCACUGUCCCCUCCUCAUCCCUAGAGCCCUGCUCUCGUAUUAAUUAAACUCUCCAACUUCUUGUUCCUUUCUGUACUCGCGGAGCAACAAAGCUGGAAAGCCAAAGCAUAUUCACAGGAUAUAGCUGUGCUCCUUGGAGUCUUCGCAAAUUUAACUGUAUGAUCUAUGAACUUUCCGGAGAUAUCUUCUUGGUUUUGACGCAAAGCUGUCAUUUUGAUCGGCUCCUCUUAUCCAUGCUAUCCGCUGAGGCAUUAUGGAGCUGCCGGGUGCCGGAUCGUAUCGAUAACCCUAGGACCUGCGAAAUGUAGGCGAGCGGAGAUAGUAGUCGCUGCAGUCGGCUUGAGUUACCGGAAAAAUGAAGGUCUUCAAUUGCUUUAAGGAGAAUAAAUCGAUGGCGAGUGGCCGGACGCAGAGAAGGUUGUCUCUUGGUGAGUACCGAAGGGCGGUGUCAUGGUCCAAGUACUUGGUGUCCUCCGGCGGAGAGAUCAAAGGGGGCUUGGAAGAACAAUGGAGCGCGGAUAUGUCACAGUUGCUCAUAGGGAAUAAGUUUGCCACAGGGCGACAUAGCCGGAUCUAUCACGGCAGAUACAAGGGAAGGGAGGUGGCCAUUAAGCUGAUGAGCCAGCCUGAGCAAGACCCCGCCAUGGCUGCUGCUCUGGAGCAGCAGUUCACCUCAGAGUCUUCUUUGCUGUUUCACCUCCGUCAUCCUAAUAUAAUCACGUUUGUGGCCGCUUGCAAGAAACCUCCUGUCUUUUGCAUCAUCACUGAGUACAUGGCAGGUGGCUCUCUCAGAAAAUUUCUCCAUGAACAAGAGUCUAAUGUGCUUCCUUAUGAUCUAGUGCUGAAAUUAUCUCUCGAUGUUGCUCGUGGAAUGAGUUACCUUCAUUCCCAGGGAAUCAUUCAUAGGGAUCUAAAGUCAGAAAAUAUACUUGUUGGUGAAGACCUGUCUGUUAAGGUAGCCGACUUCGGAAUUUCAUGCCUGGAGUUUCAGAGUGGUAGUGGAAAAGGCUUCACCAGUACCUAUCGUUGGAUGGCUCCUGAAAUGAUCAAGGGGAAAAAUCAUACAAGGAAAGUUGAUGUGUACAGCUUUGGCAUUGUUCUAUGGGAGUUAGUAACGUUGCAAAUCCCCUUCCAUGAUAUGACUCCCGAGCAAGCUGCUUAUGCUGUAGCUCACAAGAAUGCCAGACCACCUCUACCUGCCUCUUGCCCUCUGGCAUUCAGCCAUGUCAUGAGCAAGUGCUGGGCCACCAACCCAGUGAACCGAUUCCAAUUUGACGAAAUUGUUUCCAUACUCGAAAGCUAUGAAGAAUCUCUCAAACUGGACCCAAGAUUUUUCUCAUCUUACAAGCCUUCACAGCAGCUGUGGCCGAUUGGAUGCUUUACCCCGCGCAUUGCUUUGUAGAAGUCUAAUCCAAAUAAAUUUUCUCUAAUUCACUGCCGUAUCGUGUGUUUGUGUAUAUAUAUUUCAUAUCUCAUGCUCUCUGAAAUUGAUGGCAUGUUAUUUCUAAGUUUAUUUUGUUUCUCUUUUUCCCACUUCUAUAUGUUAAAGACCAUGUACAGAACCAAGAUGGUGUUAAAUAAUAUUGUUGUCUCCAAACAAUUGAUGAGAAAAGUGAUUAAUCUUU